CUAUGUAUUUAUUUAGUUUGAGUAAUAUAUUUCCUUGGCACACCUCUACUUCCACGGUAUUUUAGAGGUUAGUUUUAAGUUAUCGAAUUUAAAAAAUCAUGUGAUUCAGUUUCAAUAAUAGCUGAACCAAUUAGUAUUGUCUGACUAAAUUAAGUCCACACAAUAAUAAAAUUUGCGUCAGAAACUGUUUGGUUGUCGUUGAUUAUGCUUAAAAUAGAAUAUUUAUUUUUAAAGUAGACUUAAAGUUCGAAUGGAGAUAACCGUAAAGAGUGAACUCGCAAUGAAUAUUAUUAUUACAAGUUAUCUAUAAAUUUUAUAUAUGCAUAUAUGUAAUUUUUAAUCUAUUUCAUCAAAAUUAUUAGCCAACUUUCACGCCACUAAUAACAUAUCCCCGCAAUGAAUUUACCCCCAUCACUCUCUUGUAAUUUUCACAAAUCGAUAAUAAAUUGUCAUAUUUAUUUUUAAUUCGCUAUGCUGCUCAUAUGCAAAUUGGCUGCAACGACAUUGUUGCAGUACGACAACAAAUGCAACUAUAUUUGUAGCUAUUUAAGUAUGAAAAUUUUGAACUCAAUUAUGAGCAAGAAGUCGCUUGCAGUUACCGUUACCUAAGAAAACCGAUGCCGGUAAAUAGUAAUAUGUGUAUGCGUGUUGAUGCAUGUCCUCGCUUUCGCCACACCAUACUCUUUCCACCAUCGUGCCUUCGCCUGUUUAAUUAGGUUGUGUGAGCGCAAAUUUUAAAUUCGAUUUUGAUUGUCUCCAAUCAAUUGCGGUCAAACGGCGCUGAGCGUCUAAAUAAAAAAAAAAUGCUAGUAUAAAAACAACAAAUGCAACUAUUGCAAGGUAUUUACUACUAUACUCAUCAGUUAGUAUCAACCGCAACAAAUAGGCUGGAACUGGCUGGUUUUUGCGUCAGUUCGGCUCUAUUUUUUUCGAAAAUUUUCUCUUAAUGUUUCUUCAAGCAAUAUAUUUUUUUUCAGUGUAUCUAGUAUAUAUAAUAUUUUGUAUUACUAAUAUUCUCUUCUUCUUAUUAUUCAUAUUCUCUUCUUGUAAGCAAUAUAUAUUAAUACCUAAUUAUAUCGUUCCUAAGUAUUGGAUUCGCUACUGUAUGUUCGCCAACGGCAUGUAAGAGUUUAUGAACGACCUUCAAAUGUGAAAACACAGUCGGCUAGUAUUUAAUCACUAUGUUUAAUAAUUUUAAACUAUGAUUUUGUAUAAAAUCCGUUUAUCCUUUGAACUGUCAUCACUCAAAGCUCGGAACGCUUCUCAUAAAUAUCAUAUAAAUAUCAGUAGCUUCAAAUUUAUUUUAUUUGUUUCAUAAAUAAAUUAAGCUUCUUUUCUCUUAACGUGCUUUUAUAACAUUUUCUAUAUCAUUGUUAAUAACACUCGCCCCUUAAUGAUGACGGGAGGUUCUCACUAUUGACUUAUACGUAAAAAUAUAAAUUAAUAAUAUUGAAAGGCAAAAACAAAAAUCCAAACGUUGACUUUUUGUAGAUGCAUUGACGCUGUUACAAGAUUCUUUACCAGGAUUCUUUGCUGAGUUUGGUGUGCACCUUAUCUUACACUUAGGCAUCAAAAGUUAUUUGACUUAUUUUUUACCAACGACUGCCUUUUUGAACUUACGCCCAAUGGUCGAACAUGAAACUGGAAAAUCUCAUAAAAAUUAUAGGUUUUUUUAAUCACAAGUUUCCUACAGCUUUAUAAAUAAUGAAUAGCUAGUUUUGAGCCGAUUUGACGAAGAUAUAGAUAAAGUCGCAAUUCGAGUGAUUCUGGCCACAUACCAUACACAUAUUCGCGACUCGAUGCAGUUUUCAUUAGCAAGCAAGAUGUUUACUUCAGCUUAAAUCGACUUAAGCCAUUUUAACAUACAUAUAACGAGAGAAGUAAUUAUUGAGAUUAGUUCUCGGAAAGUGGUCAACUUUGUUUACACCUACAUUUCAUACAUACAUUUGUGAAUCCCUGAUUGGAAAUUAUAGCAAGCACGUGUCAAGAACAACAAAACGGCAAACUGGCUGGUGGCAUAUGUAUAUUUAAAUAUGUUUACAUUGAAAUGUGUGUUUCAAAUAGAACAAUUGAAUUAUUGUAUGUGAUUUUGUGUUUAAUCAGCAACUUACUUUUAGACCUGUAUAUUAUGAUCACCAAAAAAAAAACUAACAUACAUACAUAUGUAUAAACAGCGUAAAUUUUGCACCAAGUCGCUAAAUGAAACUAAACAGUUUAACGGAAGAGAACAGAUGCGCCCAAAAUAGAAAGCUACCGAUUGAAUUAUGGUGUAGGCAACUUUUUUUCACUACAAUUUUGUUCUACGCUUUGCUUUAUAGUUUGAUGCUUUGGAUUUUUUUCAUAUACCCGUUUACUGCAUUUUCAUUUGCUCGCCGUGUUUUGUUUAUGUGUAUUGAUUUAAACAAUUUCUUGUUUAGCUUUGGAAUAAAAAAAACAAAAAAACACAAAAAAAAAAGAUUCGUAUGGGCGACGCAACGCAGGCAAAAACAGGAAAUAUUUAUUUAAAAAUCAAAAACUAUCAGCAAAGAAACGAAAAUAAAAAAGGAAUUAAAAAAUCCAGUAAAUCUAAUCUCCAUAAACUAAGAACAGUUCUAUUUAACCUAAAAAAAAUAUGUGUGGCGCAGCAGCAAAGAGCGUUAACGUUUUCAUUGGCCCAGACCUCGAUGCGUGACUUUCAUUUUAAUGGAAUUCUCAAGUUGAACUCACUGGCAACUCACUACACUAGCUGACUUUCAACUCGUUUACUAUUGUUUAUUUAUUUUGUAUAUUUCUCAUGCAAGUGUGUUAAAUCGAGUGAAUUAAAAUGUCUUUUAAUUUGUAUAUUAAUAAAAGAAAUUGGAACAGGCAUGUACAUUAGGGUAAAGUAUUUUUUUUUUUGUAUCACAAAACGUUUUAUGAGAGACGUCAUCGGCUUUUUGUAGAUUUAUGAAGAUUUCGUUAUAUUUUAAAUUUGACCCGGUCGGGCAGACAAACCUUUUGCGUUGGAAACGAACACCUGCUUAACCCACACAAAUUGACAUAUGGAGACUCACAUGUAAAAAAAGUGGUACCAAUCUAGGAAAAAAUAUUUAUCGAUAUGGACCAGUCCGGGUUAGAUUUGAACUUAAGUAUAACACUCCCAUAGUUUAUGGCUCUAUCUUAAUGUAUGUACAUAAAUAUGUACAUGUUUAAUAUGUAUGCUUACAGAAAUAUAUAUGUAUGUAUGUAUAAUACCACCUGUCGUAAUCUACAUUGAUAUCAUGCACAAAAACAUGUCAGUUUCUUGUAAAAGAAUAUAACCUCUCAGUUGAAUUAAAAAAAACGCCCAGCAGAUAGAUAAAAAACCAAAUUCGGAAGCAUCAUAGAUCUUAAUGCUGACAUUAUUUACACAUAUUCUAGAAAUGUUUGGUUGAGCUUUCACUUCUAUUUGAGGAAUAUGUCAUAUUAUGAUAGGAAAAGGAGUCUUACAUGUUUCGCGUUUUUUAUUUAGAUCAGUAAGGCUUUACAAUGUUCUGCGGAAUACAUAUGGUACAUAUUAUUAGAACAAAUUGACAGUCUCUUACGUCAGCCAGACGAUUAAUCAAUUUAGAUAUCUUGAAAUUUAAUAUAACGUUAAAAAUUCUUAAACGCAAGCUUUAUCAUUUGACAUAAUUUAGACUGAUAAACUAUAAGCUGGGUUUGACAAUGCUACCCCUAUUAAAAAAUUUGUAUAGACCAUACUUGCUAUCGUGGACAUUACCACGAUUAUUCCGAUCUUCCAACUGUUCUAAACCUUCUAAAUAGCCGUUAUUCUCGGGGAUUACCUCGUCAUUGCGUUAAAUAUUCUUUCACUGAUAUCUCAGCACAGCCCACUUUGCCCGGAGCUUAAACAUACCCAACAUCUCAUUUGGAUAUCCACUGCCUUCAACAACUUCGAUUCUCACACGAUCUCUUCAAAAUUUAGCAAGCCUCUUAUAAUUGGUCGUUUCAUAUCAACACCAUUUUUUUCGAAUUUUUAUAUGUGUUCUAAAAGUUAAGUCUGACCAAACAUAUAGAUUCAAUUCUUUAAUUCAUUUAUAGAAAAUUAUAUCUGAUUAAUUCCACUAAUAUUUUCCAAUAUCAUAUUAAAAUCAGAGCAGCAUCAGGGUCUUCUUGCUUGAAAUCUCUUUUAGUGUCAAAGCAGAAAUCAUUACCAAUUUUUCACCUCGUCUUCGCCUUAACACACACUCAGUAAAACGUACAACGUUAAUCCCGUAGCUUUUUUAUCAGCAACUAUACCCCCUAAAUAGCAGUCUAUACAGACAGACGAAGUAUAGACCAACUCGAAAUAGAAAUUUAUUACCGCUAUUAGUUAUAAUUAGUAGCUUUGCUCGUGAAUGCUUCGUGAAUUAUUUUAUAUAAUGCCAAUUUGACUAGUUUUCUACGAAAAGUUCUAUAGAAAAAUGUAUUUGUUUCAAAGUGCUUUUAAUACGAAAAUACAUACGAGUAUGUAUGUGUGUUUCGCCCACUGAUUACAAGUAUGUAGAUAUAAUUAUAUAAUUUCGGCUAAUUAAAAUGAAUGAUAAGAAAAUAUAAAAGUAAUAAGAUAAUUACUAUACGAAUAAUAAUUUUUUGUGAGUAAACAUUAUUAAUAUUACUUUGGAACAGUGUUAAUAUCCAUUCAUUUCCAACUUUUUUUUAAGAUAAGUUACUAAAAUAUUCGAUUCCUCCUUUCAUCAAAUUUAAAACUAGUAAUAAAAAAAUCUCUAUUGCUUAUUUCGACUACUUCUAAGGCCUGCCAUUAAUUAAGGCAUGAAAAUUCAUGAGCUUUAAAAUUUAUUUGACAACAAAGACAGAAAGUAAUAAUUAAAUUAACAUGUGUAGGUAUAUGCGAUAUAUAUUUAAAAUUCAACAAAUAAAUUUUAAAAACUUAAAUAAAUACAGUGUUUUUUUUUACUUCUCGAAAUUACGAAAAUUACCUAUUCUAAUUUGCUUCUUUUUAACUAAGAAUAAACAUGAGAGCUUCACAUACAUACGUAUUUACGAAUAUAAACUAAAUAUAAUUAUCUCUUUCUUUUUCUAUUUAGAUGACUUUGGAAAGCAUGGAACAUAUUCUUUCAUAUUACCUAUAUCUAUGCAAUCGAAUACGUUUAUCUUGUCUAUUUUAUUAAAACCUCUUUACGAGCACUUUACUUAUUCAAGAGAGUACAAAUUGUAGUAUUUAAUGACAAUUCUCAUAACACGAUUAUUUAAGCCAAACCUUUUAUUUUUAAUCUCUAAAAAAGGGACAUCACGCUAAAUCAUUAAUUAUUGUGACACUGAGAUCUCGAAUUUUACAAUGAAAAAUGGGCAAUCCAUAUACGAAAGCCUUCAUUAAGGUACACUACUUAGAAUUGUUUGAUACACCAAAAGUCUAGUCUUCAAACAAAAAAAUCGGCAGACAGUGGCAAUUGCAUUCCAAUAAAAAUAUGAUAGGUUAACGAUGCGAUUUAUUUCGUAUGCUGAGUGAGUUUAUAAGAAGUAUUCUCAUAUCAAUUAUAUACCUACUUGAAAGACUUAAAAUAUUGCGAGGAUACCACUAUAAAUUAAACCCGUUUCUAUAAAGCGUUAGUUAUCCGUACAACGGAUAUUGAACCUGCAUGAAAUUUUUUAAGAUUACGAAACAUUACUGCUGGGUUCCGUCAAGUCAAAAAUCAAAAUCAAUUCAUUGCUUUUCAAAAUACAUGUAUAUAUAUUUCCUAAAGAAAGCUGUUUGUUAAAAAAAAAUAUUUACAUAUAUGCAUAUUAAUAUUCCGGCGCAGAGACAAAUCAAGAUGACAUCGCAGCUACGUUAUGUCUGCGCGGCCUUGAGCUUCAUGGCCAUUGCCUCUCUCGUGCUCGCCUUCCCCGAUACAGACCCCGUGGAGUUUGAGUCGGCGGGGCCAGCAGUGCAACAAGCUGCUAGCAGUUACAAUUAUUUCCGUCUGCCAAGAUCCGUUAAACCUCAAAAAUACACGCUACACGUGAUCACACAUCUAGAGAAUCCCGAAAACUUAACAUUUGUCGGUGAGGUCGCUAUGCAUUUGAUCGCAUUGGAGGAUACAAGCAACAUCACGCUGCAUGCCCUCAAUCUCACCAUAAAUAGUAAUGAAAUUAUUCUACGUAAUCUGAUUGCCAAGGAAAGCGAACAGAAGAAUUGCGUGCGCUCCACCGAGGUGAACACUUACCACGACUACUAUAUAAUGCAUUUGUGCGAACCGCUGCGCAGGGGGGAGGAGUACAUACUCACCAUACCGUUCUCGAGUAUAUUGAAUUUGAAUUUGCGUGGCUACUAUCGCAGUUCGUAUGUGGAUCGUGUGAGCAAUCAGACAAAAUGGCUUGCGGUUACACAAUUUGAACCGGCGUCGGCGCGUCUCGCAUUCCCCUGCUUUGAUGAGCCCGAUUACAAAGCGAAAUUCGUAGUUAUACUCGGACAUCACAAUAAGUUCACAGCAUUGAGCAAUAUGCCUCUUAAAGAGACACGUCCUAUGGCGGAUAAAAAAGAUUGGGUUUGGAGCGAAUUCGAAGAGUCUGUGCCGAUGUCGACAUACCUGGUCGCCUACACUGUCAACGACUUCGCCUAUGUCAAUUCGGAAACCAGCCUGAAGAAUAAGGUACAAUUUCGCACGUGGGCACGUCCUGACGCCAUCGAUCAGUGCAACUAUGCUGCCGAUGUGGGACCGAAGGUGUUGCAAUACUACGAAGAUAUCUUUAAUAUCAAAUUUCCACUGGAUAAAAUCGAUGAGAUCGCUAUACCCGACUUUAGUGCCGGCGCUAUGGAGAACUGGGGCCUGGUCACCUAUCGCGAAACUGCAUUGCUUUAUGCGGAAAAUGUGUCUUCUUUGGAAAAUAAACAACGUGUCGCUUCAGUCAUUGCGCAUGAACUGGCUCAUCAAUGGUUUGGCAAUUUGGUCACUAUGAAAUGGUGGCAGGAUCUGUGGUUGAAUGAAGGUUUCGCCACUUAUGUAGCUAGUUUGGGUGUUGAACACAUCAAUCCCGAAUGGCGUGGUUUGGAAAAGGAGUCGGUCGAUAAUACUUUGGCUAUUUUUAAGCUUGACGCGCUCAAGAGCAGUCACCCAAUUUCUCAAGAGAUCACACAUACCAACAAAAUUGCCGAGAUCUUUGACUCAAUCUCGUACAAGAAGGGAUCCACCGUUUUACGCAUGAUGCAUCACUUCCUCGGCGAUGAGGCAUUCCGCUCCGGUCUACAUUAUUAUCUCAAGAAACACGCUUACGCCAAUGCUGAACAAGAUGAUCUAUGGUACGCACUUACCGAAGCUGCUCACAAAUUCCGCACGCUACCAAAAGCUUUCGAUAUCAAGACCAUUAUGGAUUCAUGGACCUUGCAAACCGGCUAUCCAAUUAUUACAAUAACACGCGAUUAUGAUCGCAAAUUGGCCAAGGUUACACAAGUUCGUUACCUGCUCGAUACAUCCGCUUCGCGUGAAGCCGAGCGUAGCUGUUGGUGGGUGCCCUUGAGUUUUACCACUCAAACCGAAAUUGACUUUGGUGCUACUACACCUAAAAACUGGCUGCAAUGCAAUGAAAUGAAUGAGCCAGUAACUCAGACUCUUAAGGAUCUGCCUGAGUCGAACGAAUGGAUCAUUUUCAAUGUACAAAUGUCCGGUUUGUAUAAAGUAAAGUAUGAUGAACGCAAUUGGAAUAUGUUGAUUGACACUUUGACCAGCGAUGAUUACCGGAAAGUCCAUGUGAUCAAUCGCGCACACCUCAUCGAUGACGCUUUGACCUUGGCUUGGACUGGUGAUCAGGAUUAUGACAUCGCAAUGCGUCUGAUUGAGUAUUUGGUACGUGAACGCGACUACAUACCGUGGAAAGCAGCUUUAGAUAAUCUGCGUGACGUGAACAGAAUUUUGCGCCAGACUCCAGAGUACGAGUAUUUUAAGAAAUAUAUGCGCAAAAUACUCUCUCCUAUUUACCUGUACCUCGGCGGUUUGAACGUGACUGUUGAAAUUAAAACGGCACCGCAUACCAUACUCCACAAAGAGCUCAUUGCCAGUUGGGCCUGUCGUUUCGAAGUCGAAGAUUGUAUACCAAGUGCACAGCAAUAUUUCAAGCAGUGGCGCGGCGGAGACAAUCCCGAUGAAUACAACCCUGUACCGAAGGAUCUGCGUUCAGUCAUUUACUGCACAUCUAUACGUCAUGGCAACGAAGAUGAUUGGCAAUUCCUCUGGGCGCGCUAUAAGAACUCGAACGUAGCCGCUGAGAAGCGUACCAUAAUCUCAGCUUUGGGUUGCUCACGCGAAAUUUGGAUCUUGCAACGCUACCUGGAAUGGGCAUUCGACAGCAACAAACAUAUACGCAGACAGGAUUCAACUUUCGCUUUCGGCGCUGUGGCACAUGGUGAAGUUGGUUUCCAUUUAGCACGCGAUUAUCUAAUUACCAAUAUCGAUUUCCUGCACGAAUACUUUGAACCGGAAGGCUCUGAAUUGCGUCGUCUCCUAUCGCCCAUCGCCAGCCAAAUGAGCAGUCAGCAUGAGUACGAAAAUAUGAGUGCAUUCUGUGAGAAAAACAAACAACUUUUGCGCAAGGUCGAACAGGGUGUCCAACAGGCUUUGGAGACGAUCAAAAUCAAUGCGCAGUGGAAGGAGCGCAACUACAAUGAAAUUUCCCGUCGUCUGCGUAGCCGUCUAACAACGGACGAAUUUUAAGAGAUGCAAUAACUCCAUCUCAUCUUAGAACGUAGCAAUAAAUAUUAUGUAUUAGUUUUUAUGUGCUCCCCUGUGGAAGCUUUUACGGCAUUAUUAUUUUACACUGGAUUCAUAUGUUUUAUUUAAGAAUAUCACCAGCUCAUGAUGUUUGAAGACGACGUAAUGUGUAGGUGGAAAAAUAUUAGAGUGAACAGAAUUACACAUUUUUCCAUAAAUAAAAAUCAAUAAAGAGUAAAAAAUUCGA